UUCACGCAAGCCAAGGACUCAGCACCGACUGCUGGGAAAUCUGUUGGGAGCUCUGCAAAUUCAAGGUAAUUUGCUGGAGCCAACGUGCAUCCUCAUAAAGUGGUCACUUCUCAAUCAGUUUCAAGACGUUUGCAAGAGGAGAGCCACCAUGGCUAAGAGGGCUGACUACAUGGCCAGCUCCAGCGGCAGCUCUAACGGAGCCCAUAAAAGGCUGCUGCAGGAUUCUAGAAGCUAUGCCCAGGAGCAUGCUAAGAAGAGGGUCCACAUUAGCACCAGAACUGAGUACACAUACGUACCAUAUCAUGAUGGCUACCAGUGGAGAAAAUACGGGCAAAAAAUGAUCCGGGGCAAUACCUACCCGAGGUGCUACUAUAGGUGCACGUUCCAUCAGGAUCAUGGCUGCCCAGCAACCAAGCAUGUGGAGCAAAGCAAUUCCCAGGAUCCGCCACUGUUCCGAGUAAUCUACACAAAUGAGCACACAUGCAGCAGUACCCGUGUCUCUGACUACAUGGCUUCAUCUAUACACAUCCAACAGAUUGCCGAUGCCUCGUUGAUAAAGGCAGAGACGGGAAUACCUCUUCUGACCCACUGUGUUGCUGGCGAUGGAUUGAUAAAAGAAGAGAAAGAUGUCAUUGUCUCCUCCUUGCUCACUGUCAUCAAUGGCUGUGAUGUUGCAAAAUCGGAUGUGGGGCAUGCAGCUAUGCAAGAGAACACACCUGUUCUGAUGGCCAGCAACAGCUAUGAAGCCAUCCCUUCAGUUUCACCUGUACCGCUGGCGGCAUCCGAUGAACUGAAAAUGGACUUUGUCGAACCACUGGAGUCCCACUGGAUCGAACCUUUGGAUUUGGGUUGGUUCAUGGAACACACGCAGACUGGUUGAUCUAUCAUCUCCUACUAAACGCAUUCAGAAUCAAUCUUUGGCUUAUUCCUUCAAAAAAGAAAAAAAAAUCUUUGGCUUACCUACUCUA